AUGUCAAGAAGCGUAACAAAAUGCCACGUUAUCAAGAGAAACAGCUGUAGUGCAGGCGCGUGGGCGGGCGGCGACGACUCGCUUAGGCCUAUCGACUCGGCCGCCCUCGCGCGUGCACUCACUCACCUCAAGGUCACCGCCGACGACGACCAUCACCCGAUCAUACGCCCGAGCCCUACGCGCAAGCGACCCCCCUUACAUUUCAACUACCUACUUUAA